CACGUAGCAGUGGAAGGAAGACGCGCCGGUGCGAGGAAGGGAGAGAGACGGAGCGCGCGAGCGAGGCGGAACGGAGCGAAAGGAAGGAAGGAAGAGACGCGCUUCGCAGCUCUGCCGCAGCCGGGGGACUUCGCCGCGGCGCUUGGCCAAGAAGCCGCGCGGCCGCCCAAGCGUCUCCCGCGUUCAGCCGCACUUUUUCCUGCCGCGAUUUUUUCCGCAACCCUCUCCUCUCCCCUGAAGCGGAGCCGGCUUCCCCCGGCCCUCCCCGCAUCCCUUUCCGUCCUCUCCCCGUCCUUUCUCUCUCUCCCUCUCUCUCUCUCGACUCCCCGGUCCUCCUCCGACGCCUCUUCGAGCGGCCCCCCCGAGUCCCCUGCAGACCUCGCUAACUUGUGGCUGUUGUGAUGCGUAUUCCCGUAGAUCCCAGCACCAGCAGGAGGUUCAGCCCCCCUUCCAGCAGCCUGCAGCCCGGAAAGAUGAGCGAAGUCAGCCCGGUGGUGGCGGCAGCCCAGCAGCAGCAACAGCAGCAGCAGCAGCAACAGCAGCAGGCGGCGGCGGUGCCCAGGCUUCGCCCGCACGAUAACCGCACCAUGGUGGAGAUCAUCGCCGAUCACCCGGCCGAGCUGGUCCGCACCGACAGCCCGAACUUCUUGUGCUCCGUGCUGCCUUCCCACUGGCGCUGCAACAAAACGCUCCCGGUGGCAUUCAAGGUGGUGGCUUUAGGAGAAGUCCCUGAUGGGACAGUGGUCACAGUCAUGGCUGGAAACGAUGAAAAUUAUUCUGCAGAGCUGAGGAAUGCCUCAGCUGUAAUGAAGAAUCAAGUGGCACGGUUUAAUGACCUGAGAUUCGUUGGCAGAAGUGGAAGAGGGAAAAGUUUUACUCUGACAAUAACUGUCCUUACAAAUCCCCCUCAAGUUGCUACAUACCACAGAGCUAUAAAAGUGACAGUAGAUGGACCAAGGGAACCACGGAGGCACAGACAGAAGCUUGAUGACUCUAAACCUAGUUUGUUCUCUGAGCGUCUCAGUGAUUUAGGGCGCAUUCCUCAUUCCAGUAUGAGAGUAGGGGUCCCGACUCAGAGCCCACGGCCCCCUCUGAACUCUGCACCAAGCCCUUUUAAUCCACAAGGACAGAGUCAGAUUACAGACCCCAGACAAGCACAGUCAUCCCCUCCAUGGUCCUAUGACCAGUCUUACCCAUCAUAUUUGAGCCAGAUGACUUCACCAUCCAUUCAUUCCACAACUCCCUUGUCCUCCACACGAGGCACAGGGCUUCCUGCCAUCACCGAUGUGCCCAGACGGCUCUCAGGUGCUUCAGAGCUGAGCCCAUUUUCAGAUCCCAGGCAGUUUACAAGCAUUUCAUCCCUCACUGAGAGCCGCUUCUCCAACCCACGAAUGCACUAUCCAGCCACCUUCACUUAUACACCGCCAGUCACUUCAGGCAUGUCAUUGGGUAUGUCAGCCACCACUCAUUACCACACCUACUUACCGCCACCUUAUCCGGGCUCUUCCCAAAACCAAAGUGGACCAUUCCAGACCAGCAGUACUCCAUAUCUCUACUAUGGCACAUCAUCAGGAUCAUACCAGUUCCCCAUGGUGCCGGGGGGAGACCGUUCCCCCUCCAGAAUGCUUCCUCCCUGUACCACCACAUCCAACGGCAGCACAUUAUUAAACCCUAACUUGCCUACCCAGAAUGAUGGUGUGGAGGCUGAUGGAAGCCACAGCAGCUCCCCAACAGUCUUGAAUUCUAGCGGCCGAAUGGAUGAGUCUGUCUGGAGGCCUUACUGAAAUAUAAUCUGCGGGGCCUAAAAUCGGUCAGACAGAAAGCAAACAAAUAAACAAACAAUUGUCAGCUGAUUAUAAAGUGCCUGUUUUUUUUUGUUUUUGUUUUUGAAAUAGAUUCUGUUGAUAUGUGCAACUGAGUAGCUGGGAUGUUAACAGCUAAUUAUAUGCAUACGACAUGAGACUGACUUUCCACAUCAUAGUUCCAGUCAAUGUGGAUCAAAGCACAGUUUGUUUUCCUCCUGGGAAUGUUGUCUCGGCUUUAUAUUUUAAAAUAUAAUGAUCCAACCCCCCAAAGAUGCCCAUUCUGUCUAGACUCCUUUAAAAAAAAGCGAGUUCUUUUGCCAAGAGAGGAGACAUGGACUCCUGCCAAUUGUCAAGACAAAGCCUGUGCUUUAUUUGUUGUUCAAAUAAACAGAAGCAUCUUGAACUUCAGGUACGGUUGCAGUCAUACAAUCUAGAGGACCCUUACGCAUGCACAGUAUAAUUCACUCCGUGUGUUUGUGCACAUAGAAAAAAUGCUUCCAUUUAUACCAGAAUAUCUUCAGCUUAUAGUCACUCCUCAGCCAUCUUAUCAAAGCCUUGCCUCUGAUGAAAGAGAAAACUUUGGAAGUGCUUGGCUUUCUUCUGUUUUUUUUGCUGAAACAGCACCCUAUAAGGUACCAAGACAAACUUGUUUGUUUUGCGUUAUACACUUAUGUGAUUACCUUUGCCUUAGUCAAGUUAACCAAAAAAAUUAUUGGGGAAAAAAGUCCCCCAAACAAAACAAAACAAAACCCCACAAAUUUCUAAUUUCUUAUGCAAGAAAAAAAAGAGAAUGGCAAUACAAUAUAUCUUACUCAAACCAAAACAGUAUCGGUAGUAUGUGUGCGUGGCUAUCUUGUUUUA